AUGUCCCCACAGGGGAUGGACAAGGCUGUGGAGAUCCAGGCAGCACUGGGGCCUGUUCCUCCACCUGAGGCGAGGGACAUCGGAGAGAGGAGGCAGAUGGACCAUAUCCAGAAGCAGCCUCAGGAUCCCGCGGGGGCCACGGGGGCCCAGGACCUUGGCAACCCCCGGCCGGGCUUCAUGAAGUGCUUGUUGGAGGUGUAAGAGGAGAAGGCCACGCAUUGGAGGGUCACCAAGGCCCGUGUGCCGCCAAGCCGGAAGUCCCCCAGGACCCUGGCCCCCGUGCCCGUCUCUGUCCCAGUUGGCAACUCAGCCCCAACCCUGCCUCUGACCCUGCCUCAGAGUCCUGCCUCAGCUCCUGCCAUGGCCCCAUGCUGGGCCCGACCGCCAGCCCCUGGGCCACUUCCUGCCCCCAUGGGAGCCCCAGCUUCAGUACGCAUCACAGUCCUGCCGGUCCCUGCAUCAGACCUGGGCUGGAGAAGGACAGAACUUUUGCACUACAGCGGGGAGAGGAGCCUGAACUACCCCAAGGCACGGCAGGAGCUGGAAGAACACUGCCUCUUGAAGGUGUGUCAGAUCUGGGAGGAGAGGUCGGAACAGCACCUCACACUGAAGCAAGAGGAAGCCUUCCGCAGCUACUUUGAGAUCUUCAGUGGUCAUGGCGAGGUGGAUGCACAGAGCCUGGAGAACAUCCUGCUCCUCGUGGGCAUGUUCCUGACGCCGGCCCAGGUGGAGGAUGCCCUGAGGAGUGCUGAUAUCGAUGGAGACGGCCACGUGAACUUCAAAGACUUCUUGGCCGUGAUGACAGACACCAAGAGCUUCUUCUGCUCUGUGGGUGAAGAAGGCCUGACGGACAUGGCUCCCCCAAACCCCCGCACUCUGCUCUUUGAGAUCCUGUCCCUGCUGGUGGAGAUGCUGGCCUUACCUGAGGCAGCCUUAGACGAGAUCACCAGCUAUUACCAGAAGAAGCUGAAGGAAGGCACCUGUAAGGCCCGAGAGAUGGAACCGGCCAUUGGCCGGCUGCAGUCCCAGAAGCAGCUUCCCUACAACCCGCAGCAGGCAGACACCUUGGAAGUCCCAGAACGAAGAGCCCUCAGGAUCCUGAGCCAGCUGAAGCAGCAGAACUAUGCUGCCAACCUGCAAAGCCCCUAUGCCCAGGUGCCUUGCAUCCUGCUCUGCCCGAGGCUGGACAAUACAGUCCGCCGGAAGCAGGGCAGCCACUACAUGCUGGAGCUGUGUACCCCCACAAGCCUGGGCCCUGACACCCAUAGCCUCUUCUUCCAGACUAGAUCUCAAGGAAGCAGGGAACUCAGCUCUGACAGCCGAAAGUGGCUCAGUUCUGUGCCGGCUCGAACCCACUGA